UCGAUGUCGACGGAAAAUUUGCUACUUCAUAACAGCGUUAAAUCGGACAACGUCAUCAGAAGGAGCAGAGCUUCUGGAGGUGAUGCGGCGGCGGCGGCGUAUUCUAUCGGCGGUGGAUGUCAGAUAUUCGAUGAACUUCCAAAGGCUAUGAUCGUCUCAGUCUCACGACCCGACACCACCGAUUUUAGUCCCUUGCUUCUUUCUUACACCUUGGAGCUUCGGUAUAAACAGUUCAAGUGGACACUACAAAAGAAAGCUUCUCAAGUUGUAUACCUACAUUUCGCUUUGAAGAAACGUUUGAUCGUUGAAGAACUCCACGAGAAGCAAGAGCAGGUUAGAGAGUGGCUGCACAGCUUGGGGAUCGUUGAUAUGCAAGGAUCAGUUGUGCAAGAUGAUGAAGAACCUGAUGACGGUGCUCUUCCUCUAAACUACACACAAGACAGUGUCAAGAACAGGAAUGUACCUUCGCGUGCAGCGUUUCCAAUCAUCAGACCAACAAUAGGCCGGUCAGAGACAGUUGUAGACCGUGGGAGAACCGCAAUGCAAGGUUACUUGAGUCUCUUUCUAGGGAACUUGGACAUUGUUAACUCCAAAGAGGUCUGCAAGUUCCUGGAAGUUUCUAGACUCUCAUUUGCUAGAGAGUACGGUUCUAAGAUGAAAGAAGGAUAUGUCACAGUGAAGCACCUUAGGAAAUUCCCCGGGUCUGAUGGUGGUAAUUGCUGUCUUCUUUCAUGUUGUCUCGGCUGCUUCAGAACUAGCUGGACCAAGGUUUGGGCGGUUUUAAAACCGGGAUUCUUGGCAUUACUAGAAGAUCCUUUCAGCGGAAAGCUUCUAGAUAUAAUGGUGUUUGAUUCAUCGCUGUUCCAGAACGCAAAGGAGUGUUCUGAGCUGCCGCAUUUGGCUGAACAGGUGAAGGAACGCAAUCCGCUGCGCUAUGGCUUUAAGGUGACAAGUGGGGACAGAACCGUGAGACUAAGAACUACAAGCUGUGGGAAAGCUAAAGAAUGGGUUAAGGCCGUUGACGAAGCUGGUUGUAACAAUCCACAUCGGUUUGGCUCGUUUGCACCACCAAGAGGCUUGGCAUCUGAUGGAAGCCAGGCUCAGUGGUUCGUAGACGGUCACACUGCGUUUGAAGCCAUCGCUUUUGCAAUCCAAAAUGCAACAUCAGAGAUAUUUAUGACUGGUUGGUGGUUAUGUCCGGAGCUAUAUCUCAAACGUCCCUUUCAAGAUCAUUCGUCAUUGAGGCUCGAUGCAUUGCUGGAGACAAAAGCAAAACAGGGCGUUAAGAUUUAUAUUCUUCUCUAUAAGGAAGUUCAAAUCGCCCUGAAAAUCAACAGUAUGUACAGCAAGAAACGGCUUCAAAACAUUCACAAGAACGUCAAAGUUCUUCGUUAUCCAGACCAUCUCUCCUCUGGCAUUUACCUCUGGUCACACCAUGAGAAGAUAGUGAUUGUAGAUUACCAAGUUUGCUUCAUCGGAGGAUUAGAUCUCUGUUUUGGCCGCUAUGAUACAGCGGAGCAUAAGAUUGGAGAUUGCCCUCCUCAUAUAUGGCCAGGAAAGGAUUAUUACAAUCCUAGAGAAUCUGAACCAAAUUCUUGGGAAGAAACGAUGAAAGACGAGCUUGACCGGAGAAAAUACCCAAGAAUGCCGUGGCACGAUGUCCACUGUGCUCUAUGGGGACCGCCUUGUCGUGAUGUGGCUCGACAUUUCGUCCAGCGGUGGAAUCACUCUAAGAGAAACAAGGCACCUAAUGAACAGACGAUUCCGUUGCUGAUGCCUCACCACCAUAUGGUUCUCCCUCACUACUUGGGAACUAGAGAGAUCGGUAUUGUUGCAGCUAAAACUAAGGAAGACCCGGAAAAACCCGUUGUUCUCGCUAGACAAGACUCUUUCUCUUCAGCUUCACCGCCUCAAGAUAUCCCUUUGCUUCUCCCGCAAGAAACCGAUGCGGAUUUCGCCAGACAAGGAGGAGAUCUGAAGUUAGAUGACGGUUCAAGAAAAGAUCUGUAUGAAUCUAAUGCUAAUGUUGAGCUGCCAGGGGAAACAUCAGAGGAAAGCGACCAGGACGAGGCUGUGAACGAGUGGUGGUGGCAGAUUGGGAAGCAAAGUGAUUGCAAGUGUCAGAUAAUCAGAAGUGUUAGCCAAUGGUCUGCUGGAACGAGCCAGCCUGAAGAUAGCAUUCAUCGAGCUUAUUGUUCACUUAUCCAAAACGCUGAACAUUUCAUCUACAUUGAGAACCAAUUCUUCAUCUCCGGGAUGGAAAAAGAUGACACGAUUCUGAACCGCGUUCUCGAAGCUUUAUACAGACGCAUUCUGAAAGCUCACGAAGAGAACAAGUGCUUCCGCGUCGUGAUCGUUAUACCGCUCCUCCCUGGAUUUCAGGGAGGUAUAGAUGACUUCGGAGCAGCCACGGUUCGAGCACUGAUGCAUUGGCAAUACCGUACCAUCUCUAGAGAAGGAACUUCGAUUCUUGAAAACCUUAACGCUUUGCUAGGUUCCAAGACGCAAGAUUACAUCUCCUUCUACGGUCUAAGAUCGUAUGGACGGUUGUUCGAGGACGGUCCAAUUGCCACUAGCCAGAUUUACGUGCAUAGUAAGCUAAUGAUUGUUGAUGACCGGAUCGCAGUGAUUGGAUCUUCUAACAUAAACGAUCGGAGCUUACUAGGCUCACGUGACUCGGAGAUUGGAGUUGUAAUCGAAGACAAAGAAUUUGUGGAAUCUUCGAUGGACGGAGUGAACUGGAUGGCCGGGAAAUUCUCUUACAGUCUUAGAUGUUCCUUGUGGUCAGAGCAUCUCGGCCUUCACGCCGGGGAGAUGAAAAAUAUCCAAGAUCCAAUCAAAGAUGCAACAUACAAAGACUUGUGGAUGGAAACGGCUAAGAAGAACACUGACAUCUAUGACCAAGUCUUCUCUUGCAUUCCUAAUGAGCAUAUACGCUCAAGAACUGCUUUGAGAGAGAGCAUGUCUCUUUUGAAAGAUAAGCUGGGUCACACAACGAUCGACCUUGGGAUUGCACCGGAAAAGCUAAAACCAUGCGGCAGCGACUCGUGGGAGAGGCUGAAGGAGACAAAAGGGCACCUCGUGUGUUUCCCAUUACAGUUCAUGUGUGAUCAAGAAGAUCUCAGACCGGUAUUCAACGAAACCGAGUUCUACACUGCUCCCCAAGUCUUCCAUUGACCUCUGUUUAGUAUACAUCCAGUUCUCUUAAUAUGAGACCUAAGCCGAAUAUGGCAAACUAUAGUAAAUGGUUAAAGACGCUCACACGUUACAUGUAUGUAGAGAGAUUAGCUAUAUACAGUAGAAAUAGGUAUCUCAUUUGAUAGCAGCUUCCUAGGUUUGCAGAGGUAUAUGUAUAUAGAGUAUACACUUCUUUUUGUGAAUAAUGUUUAUGUGCAUCAUGCUGUACAAUACAUCUUGAA